GCUGCCAACAUGGUUUUUUUACGUCUGACCGUGAAGGUCUAUCCCCGCGACCAACUCCAGUCCUCCUUUCUCUCGCUCCGCUCGACCCUCGACGACCGCGACCGUGAUGAGCCCAACCGAAGCUCCUCUACUUCGGGGAGUGGGAAGCCAGCCAGCUUCAUGCUGGUCCUGGAACAUCCGGAGGAGAUAACCCUGCGCCGGCUUUCGAGCAUGAUCCAGGCGAAAUGGAAAAAGCUCAGACCUGAUGUGGAGCCCCUGGAGAUCAAGAAGCUGCUGGAUGAUUCCCACGACUCGGAAGACCUCGACGCGGAUAUGACGGUUGCCGAUGUGUUCGUGGACAAUGGCCGAGCUCGCGCAGAUGGAUUUGACCAGCGCGGCACCGUUAGGGUCAUCCAAAGGCCGGCCCCUUAUGCUCCCGUACGCUUCCCCUCGGUCACUCAGGACUGGGACGCUGCAGGAGACAUGUUCGAGCGGCAGCUCAGAGCCAAGAAGCAGACUGUUGAAAAAUUCCCGGCUAUCCUCGAAGAGUCACAGCGGACCCCCGACUCCGACCCCUACAACUACCGCUGGCGUGCAUCGUCUGUCCAUGGCCAAGAUCAUGUCAAACAAGGCCCCAUUCCCUCUACAGAGAGAGAGGAAAUUCCAGGGUCCCCCAAAACUUCGGCCGGCAAACCUCUCCUCGAUGAGUCCAACGUAACAGCUCGUCGGGAAAGCACGGUUGCGGUGACCCCUCGGCAAAAGCGCAUGCAAAGCCAGGAAUUGGGCGAUUGGCCUUCAUCAGCUUCAAUCCCGAGGCACCAGGGACAACAAUCCACUUCAAGUCCCAGAUUUACCGAAGCCCAAGCACUUACAAAUGAACCCUACUUGUCCUCGCCAGAUCCAUCUUCUGAUGAACAGAAAUCAGAGUCAACGCCCACUCAACGGAAGGUCUCGUCCCCCACGGGGCAUUUUCCCGAGUCAGCCCCGACCGAUGAUGCAACCCAGGAGAAACAGACGAGCAAAACCGACGAUGAGCACGACGACGAGCACGACGAUGAGCACGACGAUGAGCACGACGAUGAGCACGACGAUGAGCACGACGACGAGGAAGGCUCCGGCCAUGACCAGUCUGCUAGAGACAACGGACUCAAAAAGGCCAUGAACCAGACAGAAGAGUAUCGUGACGGGGAUGGUGAUAUUACCAUGAUGCGCAGUGCUUCAAACGAAAAUGAAGAGUCGGCUGCAACGCCCCGUGACGAUGCUGAAAAUACGAUGUCAAAUGAAUCAGCAGAAGCAGAAGGUCCUGUUUUCGCUUCGAAACUGGGCAAGAGAAAAAAGAGCCCACGAGAUCUUGAGCCGAAUAAGGAGCCGCGCCUGAACCAAUCAACUAGCCGUGCUACUCCGUCGCAGGAACCCGACCGCAAGAAAGCCAACUCCAAGCCGCUCGGGACCCCCACAACUAGUCCAUCGAUGUCGCGAAAACGAGAGGCGCCUCCGUCCUUUUCCAGAUCCGCUCGUCACCUGAGCUUUUCCGAAGAACCAGAUCGUCAUAAAAAAGGUCUCGGGCUCGGUAUCACCAAAAGUCCACCAAAGAAACAGCCAGUGUUUUACGAUCUAUCACAGGAUCCAGUGGAGACCUCUCAGCAAUCGCCUGGUGACAAUGUGCCCGCGAGUAGUGCGCCUUUUCCUCGUUGGGGCUCCGUGUUCCCACCCCAUUCGACACCCUCCAACGCAUCGGCCCUUAGUUCAGCAGAAAGGGUCAAGCAACUGCAUUCUGCACUCCGCAAAGGCUCACCAUCCGGGAGACCAUCUGAACGCCGGUCGGUGUCCUUUGCAGAUGAUGACCUUUCAAUCGUAAAUGCCAGGUCAACGCCAAAGCCGACUCCUAGGAACACCGCCAAACUGCCUGUCAAUACUUCAUCGGGUAGGGGACGAUCGAGUACCGAGUCUAUGGUAUUUCCCCCUAAUAUGUCAGUAGAAGCAAUUGCAAAAAUAGAAAGUGAGGCGGAAGAGAAAAUUGCAAUGAACAGGAAACAAAUCGAGCAGCUGAGGGACAAGCUCAAAGCAGCCGAUAAGCAAAACCCAGACAGCGAGUAUCGACAGAAGCUGAAUGACGCCUGCAAGACUUUAGAAUUGAUCCAAGGGAAGAAAGCAAACGGGAGCAGGGCCAAAACAACAAAACUCUCUGCCAAAUACGAAGCAUUACGACGCGAGAUUGAGCAGAUCGAGGCAUCCUCGGAAAUAUUCCCCAAAACCAUGUCUCAGGAGAGGCCCACUGACGAUCCCGAUCUACCGUCGAUGGCAGCUGUACAUCGGACCAGUACAACAUCUCGGUCCACUGCGGCCAGCCGUUCGGUUCCUAAGCAGCCUUCUCUUGAAGAGACUGUUGUUGUUUCAUCUUCUGACUCUGGGGUUGAGGGCCAACGUGCGCGGGAUAUUGCAACUACCCCGACUGGCAUCAAAAAAUCGACAAGCCCAUCGCGGGCGGCACUGCCACAUGUGUGGUCGAGACGGUCGAACAGCUUGCAGGCGCGGCCUAGUUUGAAAACGCUGAAGUUGGACCAGGAGAGAGAGCAACGGGAGAAAUCGCAGCCCAAACGGUCGAAUGCCCGGCGUCGUAGCGGAGACAUGUUCGACGGACCGUCGGAUAGCGAUGGGAGCUACAGCGAAAGCGAGGACAGCGACAGCCACCCUGACAGCGACCCUGACAGCGGUGAUAUCCAGUCGAGUGGACAGGUGAGAAAGCUAAACGCUGGAAAACGCUGGUAG